AUGGGCCCAGGAUCACAGAAAGCAGUGAGGUUUGAAUCCCUAUGCAAAAUAUGCCAUUCUUCUCAAUCAAUAUACAAAUGUCCUGCUUGUUUGUGUAAAACAUGCUCCCUUCUCUGUUCCAAUACACACAAAUUGCAGUUUCAAUGUAAAGGUUUUGUUGAUUCAACAAAAUAUCAUUCGAAAUCAGAGAUAGCUCAACAUUCAGAUAUUAUUUUAGGAAGAGAUUACAAUUUUUUGUUAAAGGUUGGUAGGAAAAUCGAAGUUAGCAAAAAUGAUGAAAACUUUAUAAAAUUAGAGAAAUCCAUUCUAAGUAAUCAAAAUACUCAUCGAGCAAAUUUCCAAAAAAAUAUCAUGUUGAACAAUGGCGACCAUUUGACGAUAAACAACAAUAAUCAUUACUAUAAAAACAAGAAAUAUAAAAUUAUCAAAUUGCCCCAUGGCAUGAACAGAUCCAAAAAAAAUAGGUCCGGUUAUGACAAUAAAAACACUUCAUCAAAUGCUUUUUACUGGACUGUAGAAUGGGCAUAUUUGAACUCAGAAUUAUUAACCAGUUCCAAAAAGAUUGAUUCUAAUCUUGAAAAAUUUUACUCAAAGAAGUUUUUCACCGAUAGAUUGUUAGAUUCUAGUAAAAUUAAAGACAUGAUAUUAAAGCAGCACAGGAAAGAUUAUUGGUCAAAAUGUUAUAACGAGUUCAAAGGAAUAAAUGAAAAUAAAACUGGAGACUCGGCAGCAGCAGCAAAAUUAUCUAAAUCUCAACUCACUGAAAUAGUUGAUCAAAAAUAUCCCUUACCGAGUUACGAUCUUUUUAUUCGAAAAAUUGAUUCUCCUGCAAAUACAAUGGUAUUAAUAAGAGCAAUCAACGAUAUAAAUGAUCCAAAAAAUGAUCAAAUUUCUAUAGCCGAUGUGUUGAGUGAUGUGACAGUAGUUGAAUAUCCAAUUUUUUUUCUAUGUGAGUCAGGAAGGUUGAAUAGCAUUUCCAAAAUAUCUAUCAUAAAUAAGAAUGAUGGAUCUAGAAAAAUCAAUAAUGACAAGAAAACAUCAAACAAUCUUGUCAAAUACAAUGAAUCUCUGGAUUCUUCUGAUAGUGAUAGUACUACUGAUAGUAAAAGCGAAAGCGAAAGUGAAAGUGAAAGUGAGAGUGAAAGUGAUAGUGAUAGUGAUAGUGAUGAACCUCCAGACGAAGAUCCAAUUUCAUGA